UUACAACGUCAUUACUAUCUUCUUACGUGUCAACAUGGCGGCAUCCAUGGCAUCCCAGGCUGCAGCAAGAGGACUUAGGACAGCUGCGUCAAAGAACAUUCUUCUAGACAAAUUAAAGUGCACCUGGCUGAAUCCCAGGAGAUGGCUGAAUCUACAGGAGUACCAGAGCAAGAAGCUGAUGCAAGAACAUGGUGUGGCAGUACAACGCUUCUACGUUGCCGACACAGCUUCAGAUGCUUUGGAUGCUGCAAAGAAACUUAAUGCCAAGGAAAUCGUGCUGAAAGCUCAGAUUCUGGCUGGGGGCAGAGGCAAGGGUGUGUUUGACAGUGGCCUUAAAGGUGGAGUGCACUUAACUAAGGACCCUGCAGUGGUUGGUGAUCUGGCUAGUAAGAUGCUUGGUUUUAAUCUGAUCACCAAGCAGACACCUAAAGAUGGAGUCAAAGUGAAGACGGUGAUGGUUGCAGAGGCCUUGGACAUUAGCAGAGAGACUUAUUUUGCCAUCCUCAUGGACCGUGCCUGUAAUGGUCCUGUCAUGGUGGGAAGCCCACAGGGAGGCAUGGAUAUCGAAGAGGUGGCCGCCAGUACCCCAGAACUCAUUUUUAAGGAAGCUAUAGACAUAUUUGAAGGCGUGCGGGAUGACCAGGCACUUCGCAUGGCAGCUAAUCUAGGUUUCAAAGAAUCCCUUCAGAGACAGGCGGCAGAUCAGAUUAAGAAGCUCUAUGAUCUGUUCCUGAAAGUCGACGCCACUCAAGUCGAAGUCAAUCCUCUUGGAGAAACUCCCCAAGGACAAGGUUGAGGCCAUUCUGGUGAACAUCUUUGGCGGUAUCGUCAACUGUGCCAUUAUUGCCAACGGCAUCACCAAGGCCUGCAGAGAGUUGGAGCUGAAGGUACCUCUGGUGGUCAGGCUUGAAGGGACCAAUGUCCAUGAAGCAAAGAGCAUUCUAAGUGAGAGCGGACUGCCCAUCAUGGCCGCAGACAACCUGGACGACGCCGCCAGGAAAGCCGUGGCUGCCAUCAAGAAGUAAAAGACUCAGUGAAGCUGAAUACACCCAGUCCUCCAAUGUAAUUUUACAGGAUCAGGAUCAUCUCCAUGAGCUUCUCCUGACACACUUGUGAAGCCUUUUUUCUAAGAUCGUCUUCCAAAUCCAAUGCAAAAUCCCCCAAAUUAAACCGGUUAUUUGUCUAAUUUCCAGUAAAGUAACUUAUACAAUAAACAUUGUGAUCAAACCUUUUGAAAAGAAAUCUUAAAUAUCGUGAGUUUUCACUUGACAUUAGCAAAAACAUCAGGACUGACGUGUAAAAUUCGGCCUCAUUUCUUCUCUUUGCAGUGCAAACCAGUGCCUAUUAAUUGCUCAAAUAAUUUUAUUUACUUUGAUUCUAGUCUGUUUUUGGAUGGAAGUGGGAAUUCUCAAACACUUUUUGGGCCGUUAAAUCAUUUUGGGAGAGUGUAUUUUCUCCUCUAAACUACUUUCUGCAUUCCAUUGUUUAAGAAAGUUUUAAACAUUUUGCAUGCAUGUUGCAGCAUUUGUAACGGAAGGUUGAAGGAAAAAAAAUUCUUGAGUUCAGCCAAAUAACCACCGAACUCACUAAAACUGUUUUAAUUGAUUGAUCUUGAUCUUGUAGAUCACAUAUUGAUCUUGAUUAUAAUGUGCCAUUCAGACACAGACCAUCUCUGCUGUAGUCUGAGUCUUUUAAAUGAAGACUGGAGCGCUCUGUAAUCCAUCAUGACAGUUCCAUGUGUUCUAAUCGUUUCUUACUAAAACGUUGUGAAAAGGAAUGAAAAGAAAAUGUUCUUAUCUUUUUAAUUACCAAGAAUGUAUAUCAAUAUGUAAACCUCACUGUAUAUAAUCAGAUGGAUUAAAAAAUGCUAUUUUGAAAGUGA